AUGGCGUCAGAACACCAAUCCAAUACCGCAACUCUGCGGAAAUACAUGGACCUGGACCAGAAGGGCCAGAUCAUGGCCGAGUACAUCUGGGUGGACGCCGAGGGCGGCACCCGCUCCAAGUCGCGCACCCUGGCCCACAAGGACGGCGGCUACAGCCCCAAGGACCUGCCCAUCUGGAACUUUGACGGCUCCUCGACGGGGCAGGCCCCCGGCGACAACUCGGACGUCUACCUGCGGCCCGUCGCCGUCUUCCCGGACCCCUUCCGCACCGCCGGCGGCGAGAACAUCCUCGUGCUCUGCGAGACCUGGAUGAACGACGGGACCCCCAACAAGUUCAACCACCGCCACGAGGCCGCCCGCCUCAUGGAGCAGCACGCCGCCCAGGAGCCCUGGUUCGGCCUCGAGCAGGAGUACACCCUGCUCGACAUGGACAACAAGCCCUGGGGCUGGCCCAAGGGCGGCUUCCCCGCCCCGCAGGGCCCCUACUACUGCGGCGUCGGCACCGGCAAGGUCGUCCAGCGCGACAUCGUCGAGGCCCACUACAAGGCCUGCCUCUACGCCGGCAUCAAGAUCAGCGGCACCAACGCCGAGGUCAUGCCCGCCCAGUGGGAGUUCCAGGUCGGCCCCUGCGUCGGCAUCGAGAUGGGCGACCACCUCUGGGUCGCCCGCUUCCUGCUGCACCGCGUCGCCGAGGAGUUUGGCGCCAAGGUCUCCUUCGACCCCAAGCCCAUCCCGGGCGACUGGAACGGCGCCGGCCUGCACUCCAACUUCAGCACCAAGGAGAUGCGCGUCGAGGGCGGCAUGAAGGCCAUCGAGGCCGCCAUCAAGAAGCUCGAGGGCCGCCACGCCGAGCACAUUGCCGUCUACGGCGAGGGCAACGAGAAGCGCUUGACCGGCAGGCAUGAGACUGGCUCCAUCGACGCCUUCUCCUACGGUGUCGCCAACCGCGGCGCCUCCAUCAGGAUACCUCGCGAGUGCGCCGCCAAGGGCUACGGCUACUUUGAGGACCGCCGGCCCGCCUCCAACGCCGAUCCUUACCAGAUCACCGGCAUCAUCAUGGAGACUUGCUUCGGCUCCGUCGAGUAA